UCGCACUGAGAGAGACGCAGAAAGGAGAAGAGAGGAGUCUUGGGAGGUCGUACUUUAUGCAGCGCCAAACUAUAACGGAUCGGAUAGAACUGUGUCUGAAAUGCAUUGUUUAAGAGAUUUACGCGCGACUUUUAGGAGCUUUGGGAAUUAAAACGAGACGCGCGCUCUUGCGGUUCAGAACGCUGGACAGCGAACUCAUCUUGCGCUUUCUUACACUUUUUUGGAGUUGAUAUAUGCGCUAUUAUAAGGAGAUUAAAAAGGGUAAACUCAUGAGGAAUCAUGGAUGUUCCCAAAUGUUUCCGAUCACCGGGCUUGGGUGCAACUCAACGAGACUUCUAAAGUGAGACAUGGACUUGGCGGAGAUCCUGCUAGCACUUUUCAUCGUCGUGGUUGCGACGGUCUCCUUGUUGUCCAACUUGCUAGUUUUGCUAUGUUUCGCGCACAGCAGCGAGAUACGAAGGCAGGUGCCGGGCAUUUUCACGACGAACUUGUCCUUUUGCAACCUGCUCAUCACCGUGCUGAACAUGCCGUCGACGCUGGUCGGGAUCGUAAAGGACCAGCAGCCUUUCGGGGACUGCCUGUGUCGCGCGGUCAGCUUCCUAGACACAUUCCUGACAGCCAACGCGAUGCUAAGCAUGGCGGCGCUCAGUAUCGACCGCUGGAUCGCCGUGGUCUUCCCGCUGAGCUACUCGAGCAAGAUGCGGUGCCGGGACGCGCUGCUGAUGGUGUGCUACGCGUGGCUCCACUCGCUCGCCUUCUCCGUGGUGGCGCUGCUGCGCUCCUGGCUCGACUACAGCCGCGCGUACGCAUCCUGCACCUUGCGCCUGAACGCCGAGAGCUCCCGCACAGAUUUCGCCGCCUUCACCGUGGCCUUCCACGGCGCCAGCUUUAUGCUCUCGCUGCUCGUGUUGUGCGUGACUUACUUAAAAGUGCUCAAAGUCGCACGCUUUCAUUGCAAAAGGAUCGACAUUAUUACCAUGCAGACGCUCUUCUUGCUUGUUGAUAUACACCCAAGCGUUAAACAACGUUGUUUGGCCGAGCAAAAGCGGAGGAAACAGCGCGCGACUAAGAAAAUCAGUAUAUUUAUUGGAUCAUUUAUUAUUUGUUUCGGUCCCUAUGUUAUAACCAGGCUGACAGAGCUUCUUCCCUUUGUGGAUAUCAACCGAUACUGGGGUAUCAUCAGCAAGUGCCUAACAUACAGCAAGGCAGCUUCAGAUCCCUUUGCAUAUUCCCUCUUGCGCCAACAGUACAAGAAAGUGCUUGUAACAGUGACCAAUCGGCUAUUGAAACGUGAUUUACACCCUUCCUCUGGACACAACAGCUCACUGGACACAGAAAAUGACUACUGUCUCCAAAGAAUCAGCUAAUGACAUUUUCCUAACACUGCAACAAGUAAAAAUUCUAAUGCUUAGAUGUAUGAGAGAGACAAAAAGUGGGAAAGUGAUUCAGAGAGAGAGAGAGAGAGAGAGAGAGAGAGAGAGAGAGAGAGAGAGAUUAUCAAUUAAAUUUAGAUGGAGAUGCAGACUGUUUGAUGCACAUGAAGAUAUAUGGACUGGACAGCAAUGAUUAAUGUGGACAAAGGCAAUAUGUGACUAUGUGGCCAUGUGCUCUGUUCACAACACACACACAC